UUGUUCGUGAGUCCAUGAGUCCCAAUGACCAAAGUUUGAUUUUCUUUUUUUGAGGCAAAUGACCAGAGUUUGAUGAGCACCUGUUCUACCGUACGUGCACCAACCGAUCUUACCGUACCCACGAAGCUCUGCCGCGGCCCGCCGGCCUUCACCGGCACCGGCGCCGGCGCGUCCGGGAACAGACCGACCGCCGCCUUCCACGUGCCCGCGGGGUCGCCCUCAUCGAGGCGACCCACUGCGGCGCCGCCGCACCGAGGGCCCCCGUUACUCUGGCGCUGGGUUAUCCGAGGCCGUACUGGCACUGGCAGGAGGCGGACUGGCGGAGGGCAUCCCUGAAAGAUUCUUUCUGAUUAGACCUGGCUUGCUCUGACCUGAUGAGUGAUGCCCUGCUCUGUUCACUCGAUUCCACACUUGAUAAAUGAUGUACAUUAUGAGCUCCUGAAUCAUUGGCACUGAAGCUACAAUGGCCCUGUUUGGAUUCAUAGGUUAGAGUUAGUUUGGGUUUGUUUGGACUCAACUAACCCAAAAAUAUCCAAACAGGAGGGUUAGUUUGGGUUAGAUGCAUCUAGCCCAUUCAAAAAAUCUAACCCACCCAAGAGAUGCUUAUUUGGGUUAGUUCUUCUCGGCACCACUAAAAAACAUAUUUUUCUCUCGCUCUGCCCGCAGCAGAUCCCUCCUCACUUCCUCGAAACUUCUCGUCUUUUCCCUCCUUCCCUCUCGCACCGCCCGUGAAGGCGCCUCGCCGUAUCCGCGCUCCAUCUAACCCUGCCAUCCAAACACCUCUUUGGCUAGAGUUAGUUUAGGGCUGAUCAAGAUUAGAAUCUAACUCUAACCUCUAACUAAGUUAGAGUAUCCAAACAGGGCCAAUGUAGAAUUUCUUGUAACAUCCUUGUUUGUUUUGAUCUCUCUUGUCGUUUUUGCCAUGGAGGCUCAGCUGCACUGCACUGCACCACAAGAUACUGACAGAAUCUAACUUGUACAACACCCUCUGGGUAUUGCUAUGCUCUCCUUGGCAUUGCUAAAAGUCGGAAAAUGAUUCUAGCAUAUGUCACUAGAUGCCUUCUGCUGAGAUUCCAAAAGUUCUCGAUUGGAACCAUGUCAUGCUUUCAUCUGCAUCUCUCUGAACAACUUUUUAAACGAGACUCUUUUUCAACCGAAGAUAUGAUGGCACUACAAGUAUCAGCUGGUGUGGUGUGUGUCUGCAUAUAUGUACGCCCUUUUGCUCUGGGCUUGGGCAUCCUUGGCAUUCUGGCUGCUUCUCUGCAGAAGUACUGGCUCUUGGCAAAGGCUGCUCUUUUUCUCUGGGCUUGGGGCUGCUUCUCUGCAAAAGUAUUGGCUUGUUCAAAGAGCUUCUGGGCAAAGGCUGCUGUAUCUUACAUUUGUCAUGGCACCGGAUCAAUACCAUGAGCAAGGUAACAGGAGUGGUCACAACAUCAGCAGCAAAUCCUUUCAAAGAUGUGAGGGCUGCGAGGCACAUUACUAUUGGUGCCAUAUGGAUGAUACCCAGAAGUAUUUCUUCAAGUGCAUGGUUGGCAAUUUCCACGAUAAAAUGGCAAGCCCUGGUGCAUCGAUGCCCUUUCUCUCCUUCAGAUGGAAUUCCAUCCCUGUUCAGAAUGAUAAUGUCGUUGUUUGCUUGUUCAUGCAGACCAUACCACAGAAGUUUGUGGAGAAUUUCAAAGGUCAGAUCUCUGAAGUUAUCAAGAUAGAAGCGCCUGAUGGAAACAUAUUCAACGUUCAGGCUACCAAGGAUCUAGACAAGAUAGUCCUGGGAUCUGGAUGGGGGGUAUUUAUCAGCUUUUAUGAAGUAAAAGAGGGCAAUUUCCUGGUCUUUAGGUACAUGGGGGAUUCUCACUUCAAAGUUCUGAUAUUUGAUUUUGGAAGUUGCUGUGAGAAGGAAGUGUUCCACGUUCUCGUGAACUGCGGCUCUAAUGCCCAAGAAAAAGACAUUCAUCUUGAUCAAUCACCGCUGAGCGAAAGGCGAUGCCAGAAUGGUGGAUCAAGCAACAGUGGGUCCCAUCGAAGGUGCGAGCACUGCGAUGUGCAUUUCUAUUGGCAUCACAUGGAUGAUAGGCAGAAGCAUUUCUUGAGACUCAUGUUUGGCGAUUUCCGUCAAGAAAUCAGUAUACCAGAGAAAUUUGUGAACAAUUUCAGAGGCAGGAUAUCUAAAGUUAUGAAGCUAGAAGCUCCUGACGGAAACGUAUACAACAUUCAGGUUAUCAAUGAUCUGAACAAGAUAGUCCUUAGAUCUGGAUGGGCAGCAUUUGCCAGUGCUUAUGAACUAAAAGAGCAUGACUUGCUGGUGUUCAGAUACAUUGGGGACUCUCACUUUAAAGUGCUAAUAUUUAACCCAAGUGGUUGUGAGAAAGAAGUAUUCCACAUUGUCAUGAACCACACUCCUAAUCUACCAGAAGCGGGCAUAUCUCAUGAUCGGUCAUUCCUCAAAGAAACAAGGCAUCGAGACUGCGAAUCACGCGAUAAUAACAGUAGGAAAACUAAAAAGAUGACUCCGCUGUACUCUCCUUCACUGAGAUCAGCUGAAGGUGUCACAUCUCCAGAGGACACCCUGAAUUCAGGUGGCCUUCGGGAAACCACCAAGCCUCGCUAUGUCCUAGCAAUGGGGUGCAAUCUGACUACAGUGCAGAAGGCAGAAGUCAACGCGCUUGUGAGGAAAGUUAGGCCUGCUAUUCCAUUUUACAUCACAGCCAUGAACAAGACAAGUAUGUCUGGAUCUCUGGUCAUCUGCAAGGAUUACGCUGCCAAAUACCUUCCAGAUGAAGACCAAUUCAUCACACUCUGCCAUCCUCAUAAGAGCAACAUAUGGAUAGAUAAUUUGAAGGUUAUUACUGAUGGUUCCCGCAUGCUUUCUGUUGGCUGGUCGUGCUUCGUUCUCCACAACGAGUUGCGGGAAAGUGACAUCUGCCUAUUUGAAGUAUCGAAAAACGACGGUGAAGUGACAAUGGUUGUUCAUUCUCUUGAAGGAGCUCAUCACCUACAAGGGAAAGAGCUCGAAUCUCAAAAAAAGCGCAGAUAUCCAGUUAAGGCCGAGGCCACCGAGGACGAGGAGAGUGACAAGGAACAUGUUGAGUCCAACUACUACUACUCAAGGCAUGCCAAUGGCCUGACCAGCGAUGAGCAAGAGGAUAUAUUCAGGUCAGAGUUGAUCCAACAGGGCAAUCCCGUGUACAUUGCCCUCCUGGGGAAGAAUCACCUUAAAAAGAGGAACAACUUGCUGACCAUCUCUAGAAAGUUUGCGGCUAAGCAUCUCGCAGCGAGGUCACAUGACAUCCUGCUCCUGAGACACAACAGGGGAAAGAAGUGGUGCGUGAGGUACUACUACCAUUCGAUCUUUAGGGGUUUCUGCAACAGUCCAUGGACCAAGUUCGUCCAUGACAACAAGCUGCGCGAGGGCCACAUCUGCGUCUUCGAGCUGAUCAAAGGCGUGCCUAAGGCGAUGAUGAUUGUCCACGUGUUCAGGAAGGUUGAUGGCAGGCUUGCUCUGCUGGACUAACUAGCCAGGUUCCUACGUAGAUGUAUCCUUCUGAGUUUAUCGUCGAAUUACUGAAACCUGUUGCCACUGAGAGCUGAACUGGGAGUAGUUUAUGUACGAGGCAAGCGCACUAAUAUGGUUCCAGUAGAACUAGUUGUUGAGCCAUACCGUGUGAAUGUUCAUUCCGGAUCUGUCAGGCGUCACUGUGAUUUCAGAACAUAGAGAAGUAUUUCGGCACCAUGCCAACAAAUCUAGCGCUCACUCCACUGAAAUUCUCAUGAAUGUAAGCUCAGUUGACUGAAAUUUUAUUGAACCUAAAUUGAGUAUCAGCUAGUGCAU